AUGGUUCGUUGGAGAGGAAAGGAAAGGGAAACCAAUAUUACUUUUCAGACAAUCGUAUUAUUGUCAUGCAUGAAACAGAAGCGCACAGUGCAGAGGGAGACGUCGGCCGAGCAAUCUAACUUCGGACAUCACCAGAUCUUGACUCAGACUCAUCAGACCGACGAUCUUGCCAACGUCGAAUUUCUGGCGAGUUUUUGAUGAUUAUUCUCUGAAAAACGUUGUCUAGACGCCGACAUUGGGAGUCGCGUGCUGCGAUGAUCAGGCUUCUCAUGAGGCUCAAAUGCGCCACAACACUUUGACCUACCAUCCCCAUCUGAUUCUUCAGCCAGAAUCCAUACGGGACAACACCACCGACGCAAGUUUUCCUAUGAAUCUUCCCAACCGCCGAUCGAACCUUCAGGAGGAAAUCAAGAAACUUCUUGCGAAGCAUCCAAAGCACCCAACCCAGAAGUUCCGCGCCACACUCAACUCUGCGGCCGAAGAAAAAAGAAAGAGAUUAGAAAGAGAAGCCAAGUGGAAAAAGUUUCCUUGAACUUCCUUGUAAUAUAUAAUUUUACGAUUUCAGCAUUCAUGUAAAGUUUCACAAAGACGCACUUGUCUACAUUGUAAGAUCGACCGACGCCGCGAGAGCCAGGGUACUUUCAUUCCUACCGCAUUAAGAAAAAACCCUCUCAGGAGGAUGAUGGCGGCGACACAGCCGACACUCUCACAGGAAAGGAAAGAGAUGCGGCUAUGAACGACGAGGAGAACCAAAGAGUAAGACUGAGCAGACACAAUUAGAUUUAAAAAAAAAAAAAAUUGAUCGACAAGUACCUAAUAACCAAAGGACCGUUUUUGACUGCACUGAAACAAUUUCGAAAAAAAAACUCAUUAUUUCUCAUUUUGCCAAAAUCCCUAUAUAACUUGAAAAUUUAUUCCUCCAUCGAAAUAAACAGAACCUUUGUAAGAACACAAAAAACUUUGGUCUCUUUAAUUUCUCUCGAUAAUUUCAAAUAAAAUAUUUGUGCUUCAGACGCCAUCGGAGAUCGCGAUGACGGAGCCAGAGGGAAAGGAUAAGAAACUCGCAAAAGAACUUGCAAAGCUUGCAACCAACCAACCGGAAAAGACAGUCGACACGGUGGAGAUUUCGAUCGCCGUAUGACCUGACUGAGACGACUUUUCAGACGCAACAGUCGAGUCGCAAAGAAAAGAAACGAGAAGAGAUGAAGCUGCCGCCCUCGUCGAAACUGCCGGCCUCGUCGAAGAUGCCGGCUUCGACGAAAAUGCCGCUCUCUGGGGAAAAGGGCAACAAGACGAUUCAGUCGGUUCUGAAGCAGCCGCGGUCGAACGAGGAGACUUCUGGCGAGGAGAAAAAACGAACGAAGCCUUCUCGUCACUCCAAUUGA